GGGUGCACACCAAGGCAGCAUGUAGGAUGUAUAACAGCCAAGAAAUAUACACUCCAAAAAUGAGGAGCCACAAAAAGCUCCUAGCUAUAUGUUGUCUACUCCUUUUUACAUCAUGGACGGAAGGAAACAGAAACAGCUUAGAAAACAGAGGAAGUCCUUACAAUGGCUAUAUCACAUAUUGUGAUUUUAAUGACAACACACGGCCACUUUGUGACUGGAAACAGCAUUGUGAAGGCCAAGACCAUGGAGACUGGAUAAGGGCUAAAUCUUCCACACCAACACUUGGCACUGGCCCUGAUGGAGAUUACCCAGAUGGAAAUGGCUAUUAUAUUUAUCAAGAAGCCACCAACCUAAUCCCUAAUGACAUAGUUAGACUUGACAGCCCAAAACUUGACAUCAGCAAUGAUGUAUGUGUAGAGUUCUGGUACCAUAUGUCUGGUUCUGAAACACAAAACCAACUCCAAGUCCUAAUCCUUGAUGAUAAAGGUCAAACUCUCUUUUGGAGACAAACGGGGCAUCAAAGUUCUCAGUGGUUAUAUGGCUCUUUCACUUACCAAACACAGCAACAAAAGUCUAUUCAGGUCCUAUUUGCAGCUAUUCGAGGGCUAACAGAAUAUGGUGAUACAGCUAUUGAUAAUAUUGGUGUAAAAAAUGGACCUUGUGUUCCGGAGCCAACGCCAAGCGUUCCAACACCUGCAGAGCCACCAGGUGGGACUUGCAUUGGCUAUGGAGAUCCCCAUUUUGUUACAUUUGAUGGCAAUUCUCAUACUUUCAUGGGAAACUGCACUUACACACUCACCAAGCUCUGUGAAGUCAACAGCAGUUUGACUGAUUUCAAUGUUGAAGUUGCACAUGAAUACAGAGGAGGAAACACUCAAGUUUCCUAUGUCAGUCAAGUAAUGGUGGAUAUUCAUGGCUACAGUAUUGUCCUAGAGAAGAAUAAGGUUGUAAAGGUGAAUGGAGAUGAACAACGGCUACCAUUGAACUUGCCUCCUGGCAUAUCUGUAGGCUUCAGUGGGCAGUAUGUUGCCAUCAUAACAGACUUUGGCCUGAUGGUGAAGUAUGAUGGAGAUCACAGGGUUGAAGUAACUCUUUCCAAAGCAUAUCAAGGCAAAGUGUGUGGCAUCUGUGCAAAUUUCAAUGGGCAGAAAUUAGAUGACGAUCUUAAUCCUAAUGGUGUUAAAGAACCGACUUCUGAAAGCUAUGGAAACAGCUGGCAGGUCCAGAAUAACUCAAGCUGUUCCCUGGCUACUGGUUAUAAUCCACAAUGCACUGAGGAAGAAAAGAGGGAAAUAGAGAGUCACCAGUCCUGUGGUGCUAUGCUACCCUUUGAUGGGGUAUUUCAACACUGUCAUCUUAUUGUAGAUCCAAGGUCUUAUUUUAUGAACUGUUAUUAUGAUAUGUGUGCGUUGCAUUUGGAUCCAAAUACUCUCUGUCGCCAUCUUCAGGCUUAUGCAGAUGCAUGUCAAGCUGCAGGGGCCAUAGUGCUACCUUGGAGAAAUUCUACAUUCUGCCCCCUGCCAUGUCCUGCAAACAGCCAUUAUGAGCAAUGUGGCACAGCAUGUCCAGCUACAUGCCUUAAUCCAGGAGCACCAUCAAACUGCAAUCUCCCAUGUUCAGAGGGAUGUAUCUGUGACCCAGGAUAUGUUCUAUACAACAAUAAGUGUGUUCCAAGUAACCAGUGUGGGUGUUGGGUAGAUGGUAAACAUUACCCUGUGGGCUCUGAAUUCUGGACCGAUAACACAUGUACUACAAAAUGUGAAUGUCCAGGACCAGCAAGUGAUGUAGUCUGUCAAUCCGACAAAUGUCCACCUAACAAUUAUUGUGGCAUAGUCAAUGGAGUUCCUGAAUGUUCUGAGUUUACAUUUGGCGAAUGCACAAUUUAUGGCGAUCCCCACUAUUACUCUUUUGAUAAAAUGACACAUCAUUUCAUGGGGGUAUGCACCUACACUCUGGCUAAAUUUUGUUCCAAUUCCUCCUCUCUACCAUAUUUUAAUGUUGAGGCAAAAAAUGAGCAUCGUGGGAAUCCAUCAGUGAGUUGGGUACAGAAAGUUAUGGUAGAAGUCUACGAUUAUCAUAUAACCAUUGUUAAAGACGAGCCAAAUCGGGUUUUGCUAAAUGGAAUCUGGAAAACACUACCCAUCAGCUUGCGUAAUGGAACACUGACAGUGGAAAGAAGUGGAAGAUAUAUCCUUGUAGAGACAGACUUCAAACUCACUGUGUCUUAUGAUACAGAUCAUACUGUAGAGGUUAAGGUCCCAACAAUUUAUUUUAAUCAAACAUGUGGCAUAUGUGGGAACUUGAAUAAUGACUACAAUGAUGAGUAUCUGAUGCCCAAUGGACAACAAGCCCAAGAUUCCCAUCAGUUUGGGAACAGUUGGAAGGUAGAUGAUGAUGAUCCAACGUGCACACCAGUGCCUCCACCCCCAAUAUGCCCACCAGAAAAGGAAGAAUCAUAUAAAAGCGAAGCUUUCUGUGGACCCCUAAUAAGCAAAGACAGUCCAUUCCAAGUUUGUCAUUCUGUCAUCAAUCCAGAUGCUUUCUUUGAAAGUUGUGUAUUUGACCUCUGUGUUAUUGGUGAUGAUUUUCUCUGCACUGCUUUAGAAUCUUAUGCUGGUGCCUGCCAGAGAGCUGGAGUCAAAAUUCAGUGGCGAAAUUCAACAUUUUGUCCUCUUGACUGCCCCAUCAACAGUCAUUAUAAUGAAUGCUCCAGUGCUUGCCCUGGCACAUGUUUAAACCAGAAUGCACCCGAUAACUGCAACAAACCAUGCAUUGAGGACUGUGAUUGUGAUGAUGGCUUUGUUCUUAGUGGAAGUUCAUGUGUUCCUGUCAAUGAUUGUGGAUGUUCUUAUGAAGGCACAUACUAUGAGAAAAAUGAAAUGUUUUGGCAAACAGGAUGUGUAGGUCAGUGCACGUGCAUUGGAAACAACCAAGUUGAUUGUAAGAAUGAUUCGUGUGGGCCAGAUCUUGCAUGUAAAGUUCAGAAUGGAGUUCUUGGAUGUUACCCAGCAGACAGCAAUAUCUGCCACAUUUAUGGUGAUCCGCACUAUAUAACCUUUGAUGGAAAACUGUAUAAUUUCCAAGGAUCUUGCAAUUACACAGUGGUGGAAACUUGCAAAAAUUCAUCUCAGUACUUCUCAGUCACAACAAGAAAUGAACACAGAGGAAGCUUGAGCUGGACAGCUAUAAAUUCUGUUUCUGUUAGAAUUGGCAGCCAUCACAUCAUUUUAAGAAAGAAAAAAAUUGUUGAGGUCAAUGGAGAAAUAGUUUCUUUACCUUAUACCUUAAUACCAGGCAUCUCAAUAACCUUAAAUGGUUAUGUCAUUGUGGAAACAGACUUUGGACUUGAAGUGAAAUAUAAUGGUGACCAAGAACUCAUUGUUAAAGUCAAUGAAAAUUUCAAGGGACAGCUCUGCGGUCUUUGUGGCACUUAUAAUGGCAAUAUCUUGGAUGAUUUCCUAAAGCCUGAUGGUUUAUUGGCUCAGACACCAAAUGAAUUUGGAAACAGCUGGCGUGUCCCUGAUGAUAACUGGAUCUGUGAUCCCAAUGUUGUUGAUCCCGCUCCAUGUGAUCCUAUUGAUGAGAAGCAUUAUGAGGACAUGUGCAAAUCGAUACUAUCAAGUAGUGGACCAUUCGCAGCCUGUCACUUUUUUGUCCUUCCCCAGCUGUACUUUCAGAGCUGUGUCUAUGACAUGUGCACUGCAGGAGGUACUACGGAACAGUUUUGCAAUGCUCUAGAGGCUUAUGCUGGUGCUUGUGAAAGUGCAGGAGUUCAACUCGGAGACUGGAGAAAGGACACUAUCUGCGCAGAAACAUCAACAACAACACCACCAACAACAACAACACCAACAACAACACCAACACCUGGUUCACUCUGUCCCUGGUCUUGUAAUUUUGAUGCUGAUUUCUGUACAUGGUCUCAGUCUUCUCUUGAUGAUUUUGACUGGAUUCGUCACACAGGAUCAACACCUAGCACUGGCAGUGGGCCUUCAUUCGAUCAUACAACCGGAAAUGGUUUCUACAUAUACAUUGAUGGACGAUCCCCCACUGCUGGACAAAAAGCACGCCUCCUCAGUCCUAUCUGCAAUUCUGGAGGUCACCAAUGUCUAAGUUUUUGGUAUCAUAUGUUUGGGGUAGCUAAAACAAUGGAAUUAAAUGUAUAUAUUGUAAGGAACGGGAAAGAGGAAUUGGUGUGGAAUUUAACUGGCCAUCAAGAGAAUAACUGGUUGCCUGCAAACAUUCAAAUUGUUGAUACAAGAAAUGUCCAGAUUAUCCUGGAAGGUGUAAGAGGAAAUGACUUCCGCAGUGAUGUUGCUGUGGAUGAUAUUUUCAUUUCUCCUGGAUUUUGCUCAGGUUCUACCACCACUACUCCUACCACCACUACUCCUACCACCACUACUACUACCACCACUAUUCCUACCACCACUACCACAACUACAGUGAAACCACCAAUAUCUUCAGGAUCCUGUGUGGUGUCAGGAGACCCCCAUUAUUACACCUUUGAUAACAGGGUCUUUGAUUUUAUGGGGAUAUGUACCUACACACUCUCUAAGCUCUGCAAAUUUGACAAAAACCUGAUAGACUUCAAUGUGGAAGCAAAAAAUCAAUAUUGGGGAGGAAGCACUCGUGUGUCCUCUGUGAAAUAUGUGAAUGUCGAUGUGUAUGGAUAUAGGAUCACCCUGGAUCAGAACCAAGAAGUUAAGGUAAAUGGACAGCCUGUGAUCCUUCCAGAGGAACUUCCCCCAGAAGUUAAAAUCUCUUACAGUGGACAUCAUGUAAUGGUCACUACAAACUUUGGCCUGAGAGUGUUAUUUGAUGGAAAUCACAGAGUGGAAGUGAAGCUGUUUGAUACCUACUCUGAUCAAGUUUGUGGUCUGUGUGGAAACUUCAAUGGCAAUGUAACUGAUGACUUUUUAAACCCAAGUGGACAACUCGAGCAAGAUCCAGUUGACCUUGGUAACAGCUGGCAGGUGGAAAAUGACACAAGUUGUCCCCCAGCAGUAGAAGUUAUCCCAGACUGUACCGAUGAUGAAAAGCUUGUUAUUGAAAGUAACAACUUCUGCGGAAUGAUCACUAAUCCAAACGGGCCAUUUAAAGAUUGUCACAAUGUGAUAGAUCCUGAAGGUUACUUUAAUAGCUGUGUAUACGAUUUGUGUGCAUUAAAUCUGGAUGCGGCCGCCCUAUGUGACAGUCUUCAGUCCUAUGCAGUGGCCUGCCAGUCGCAGGGAGUCACCAUACAGCCAUGGAGGAACGACACUUUCUGUCCAAUCGAUUGCCUUCCCAACAGUCAUUAUGAGAUCUGCAGCACAGCAUGUCCAGCCACUUGUGUCAAUCCAGGAGCACCAUCCAGCUGUAAUCUCCCCUGUGUUGAGGGAUGUUUCUGUGACCCAGGAUAUGUCCUAUACAACAAGAAGUGUGUUCCAAGCCUCCAGUGUGGUUGUUGGGAUGGAAAUAAUUACUAUCCAGUAGGCUCUGAAUUCUGGACUGAUGAUACUUGCUCCACAAAAUGCAGAUGCCCCUCAGCAGGAAGUGCUUUAAUCUGUAAUUCUGCAACUUGUAACAGUAACCAAUAUUGCGCUACAAUAAAUAAUGUUUCUGACUGCCUUUAUUAUAAAUAUGGCAUCUGCAGGGUCAAUAAUGAUCCUCACUACAACAGCUUUGACGGACGGGUGCACCAUUUUAUGGGUCUUUGCACCUAUACACUCUCAAAGCUUUGUUCCAAUUCAUCGAAUCUGCCAUAUUUUAAUGUUUAUGCAAAGAACGAGCAUCGAGGAAAUCCUUCAGUAACAUACGUGCAAAAGGUUUUUGUUGAAGUCUAUGGUUACAACAUACAAAUCAUAAGGAAAGAAACAUCACGUGUUUUGGUUGAUGGAGUAUGGAAUACACUUCCGGCAUCCUUGAAGGGUGGUUCUGUAUCAGUAACUAAAAGUGGAAGAUACAUUGUUCUAGAGACAGACUUUAAACUCUCGGUGUCGUAUGACACAGAUCAUUCGGUGGAAGUGAAAAUCCCAGAUACAUAUUCCAGCCAACUAUGUGGAAUGUGUGGCAACUUUAAUGGCCAGAUACAAGAUGAAUACCUGAUGCCAAAUGGACAGCAAGCUCAGAACUCUAAUCAACUAGGAAAUAGUUGGUUGGUAUAUGAUGAAGAAGAUCCAUUCUGCCCUAGUGGUCCUACAGUUCCUCCUCUUCCUGUCUGUCCACCAGAGAAAGAACAGCUGUACGAAAGUGAAACCCACUGUGGGUUGUUAACAAGUAAAGGCAGCCCCUUCAGUAUAUGUCAUGCUGUGGUUGAUCCCGCUAUCUUCUUUGAAAGCUGUGUAUUUGAUCUUUGCGCCCUGAAUGGAGACAAGAAUGUUUUAUGUAGUGCACUUGAAGCAUAUGCAGAUGCCUGCCAGCGGGAAGGAAUUACUAUUCAUGGCUGGAGAAACAUUACUUCCUGUGGAUUACCCCCCUGCCCACCCAAUAGCCACUAUAAUGGCUGUAUGACUGCAUGUCCUGCUACAUGUCUUGACCCUUAUGCUCCAGAGAAAUGCAACAAACCCUGCAUGGAAGGCUGUGAAUGUGAUCAAGGAUUUGUCAUGAGCGGGGACAUCUGUGUUGAUGCAUCCAACUGUGGCUGCUUGUAUGAUGACAAGUACUAUAAUAAAGGGGAUUCAUUCCUACAAGAAGACUGUGAGAGAAGGUGUGAAUGUCAAGGAAAUAACAACAUGGUUUGCAUUGAAACAUCAUGUGCCAAAGAUGAAAUAUGUAAAGUUCAAAAUGGUUUAUUAGGGUGUUACCCAGCAAGUAUUGCAAUUUGCCACAUAUAUGGAGACCCUCACUACUCUACCUUUGAUGGAACUCUCCAUCACUUCCAAGGAUCCUGUAACUAUACUGUUACUGAGACAUGUGCAAACACAUCAAACAACUUUAUUAUUACAACAAGAAAUGAACACCGUGGAAGCCCAAGCUGGACUGCCAUUAACUCUGUGGCCCUCACUGUGAAUGGAUUGCACAUCUUAUUAGCAAAGGACAACUUUGUUUAUGUCAACAAUGUAUCAAAGAAACUUCCUAUUAAUGAUUCAGGAAUAAUUAUUAGCCACAACAGCCCGUAUGUGACUGUUACUACAGAUUUUGGCCUACAAGUUCAGUUUAAUGGUGAUCAUGAGCUACUUGUUAGUGUAAAGGAAACUUUCAAAGACAUGUUGUGUGGUCUGUGUGGCACAUACAAUGGGAACCCACUAGAUGACUUUAUGACACCCAAUGGAACUAUUGUAUCAGAUGUUAAUGAUUUUGGAAACAGCUGGAGAGUCCCUGAUGAUGACUGGAUAUGUGAUCCAAUUCCUCCUACACUGCCAGAAUGUCCUCCUCCAAUACAGCAAGAGGCUGAAGCAAAGUGUGGUGUCUUACAACAGGUUAAUGGCCCCUUUGCACAAUGCCAUGCACACAUUCCCCCUCACCAUUACUUUGAGAGCUGUGUGUAUGACCAUUGCGCUACUAGUGGAAGCAAUGAAUAUUACUGCAGUACAUUGGAGGCUUAUGCAGCUGCGUGUGAAAGUGCUGGAGUUAAUUUGGGUGACUGGAGGAAGGAUACAGUUUGCGAAACAUCAACAACAACACCACCACCAACACCACCAACACCUGUUCCAAUCUGUUACUGGUCUUGUAAUUUUGAUGCUGAUUUCUGUUCAUGGACUCAGUCUCCUCUCGAUGAUUUUGACUGGAUUCGUCACACAGGAUCAACACCUAGCACUGGCAGUGGGCCUUCAUUCGAUCAUACAACCGGACAUGGUUUCUACAUAUACAUUGAUGGACGAUCCCCCACUGUUGGACAAAAAGCACGCCUCCUCAGUCCUAUCUGCAAUUCUGGAGGUCACCAAUGUCUAAGUUUUUGGUAUCAUAUGUUUGGGGUAGCUAAAACAAUGGAAUUAAAUGUAUAUAUUGCAAGGAACGGGAAAGAGGAAUUGGUGUGGAAUUUAACUGGCCAUCAAGAGAAUAACUGGUUGCCUGCAAACAUUCAAAUUGCUGAUACAAGAAAUGUUCAGAUUAUCCUGGAAGGGGUAAGAGGAAAUGACUACCGCAGUGAUGUUGCUGUGGAUGAUGUUUUAAUUUCUCCUGGAUAUUGCCCAGAUUUUACUCCAAGUACUAUCCCUACUCCCACCACUACGCCUACCACCACUACCACAACUACAGUGAAACCACCAACACCUUCAGCCCCCCAUGACCCUUGUAACUACACAUGCUCAUUUGGACAGGAUUUUUGCGGCUGGCAGUCAAAAUCAGAUAAAUUAUACUGGGAACGUUGGAGUGGACCAACGCCAUCUGACUUAACAGGACCUUCAUCUGAUCACAGUGGUGAUGGAUACUACCUUUAUGUUGAUGGACGUAAUGCAAAGUUGAAUGACAAUGCUCAGCUAGAGAGUGCUUAUUGUGAUGUACAAGGACCAAACUGCUUCAGUUUGUGGUAUCACAUGUAUGGAGCUUCAGAAGAUACAAAGUUGACUGUUAAAGUUCUUACAAACCAAGGUUUUGAAGAUGUCAUCAAUUUGUUUGGAGAUGGAGGGGAUGUAUGGCAUUUGGAACAAGUUGAACUGCGUAACAGUGAGAGAAUAAAGAUCUUUAUUGAAGUUUGGCUAAUUGAAGAAGACAGGCCUAUUGAUAUUGCGAUUGAUGACAUUUCCUUUACCAAGGGCUACUGCACUGGACCACCACGUCCACCAGUUUCAACAACAACAACAACAGGACCAACACAUCCACCAGAUUCAUCAACAACAACAGGACCAACACAUCCACCAGAUUCAUCAACAACAACAGGACCAACACAUCCACCAGAUUCAUUAACAACAACAGGACCAACACAUCCACCAGAUUCAUUAACAACAACAGGACCACCACAUCCACCAGAUUCAUCAACAACAACAGAUGGCCCAACAACUUAUACUACUCAACAUCCUGAAACUGGAAGCUCUGCAGGACCUUUGACUCCAGACUCUAUAACAGAUACCACUCCAGGCCCUGAAACUGCUAGUUCCCCAAGCACUGAAAUUGGCGCUGUAACUGACAAAACUACAGGCCCUGUAACUGCGAGUACCCCACAACCUGUAACUGACAGCACACAGGGUCCUGUAUCAUACAGCACUCAAAGCCCUGUAACACAUAGUAUCCCAGGCUCUAUAACUACCAGAACUCCAGCCCCUGAAACCACAAGUGACACAGGCCCUGAACCUAGCACUGUUACUGACAGCACACAGGGUCCUGGAUCAGACAGCACUAGAAGCCCUGUAACACAUAGUAUCCCAGGCUCUAUAACUACCAGAACUCCAGCCCCUGAAACCACAAGUGACACAGGCCCUGAACCUAGCACUGUUACUGACAGCACACAGGGUCCUGGAUCAGACAGCACUAGAAGCCCUGUAACACAUAGUAUCCCAGACUCUAUAACUACCAGAACUCCAGCCCCUGAAACCACAAGUGACACAGGCCCUGAACCUAGCACUGUUACUGACAGCACACAGAGUCCUGUAUCAGAAAGCACUAGAACCCCUGUAACACAUAGUAUCCCAGACUCUAUAACUACCAGAACUCCAGCCCCUGAAACCACAAGUGACACAGGCCCUGAACCUAGCACAGUUACUGACAGCACACAGGGUCCUGGAUCAGACAGCACUAGAACCCCUGUAACACAUAGUAUUCCAGGCUCUAUAACUACCAGAACUCCAGCCCCUGAAACCACAAGUGACAUAGGCCCUGAACCUAGCACUGUUACUGACAGCACACAGAGUCCUGUAUCAGAAAGCACUAGAACCCCUGUAACACAUAGUAUUCCAGGCUCUAUAACUACCAGAACUCCAGCCCCUGAAACCACAAGUGACACAGGCCCUGAACCUAGCACUGUUACUGACAGCACACAGGGUACUGUAUCAGACAGCACUAGAAGCCCUGUAACACAUAGUAUUCCAGGCUCUAUAACUACCAGAACUCCAGCCCCUGAAACCACAAGUGACACAGGCCCUGAACCUAGCACUGUUACUGACAGCACACAGGGUACUGUAUCAGACAGCACUAGAAGCCCUGUAACACAUAGUAUUCCAGGCCCUGUAACAAGCACAACUCCAAGCCCUGAAACUGCUAGUGACAAAGUGACCAAUACUGAAACUGACACUACAGUCCCUGUAUCUACCACUACACCAGGCUGUGUAACUGGGAUCACUGUAUCACCUCCAACUGCAGCCCCUGUAACUGAGAAUACUGGAAGUCCUGUAACAGACAGAACUACAGGCCCUGUAAUACACAGCACUCCAGAUUCAAUUAUAACAUCCACCUCUGCAGAAACUACAACAACUCUGCCACCACUUGAUCCAGGUUACUGUGAGGUAUCAGGAGACCCCCAUUAUUACACUUUUGAUAAAGAGGUCCACCAUUUCAUGGGAGUCUGUACCUACACGCUAUCUAAGCUCUGCGCAAAUGAUUCAAAUUUGCCGGACUUCAAUGUUGAAGCAGCAAAUGAUCUCAGGAAUGGCCUGACUCAUGUAUCUUAUGUGCAAUUUGUGAACGUGGAUGUAUAUGGAUACAGGAUCACUUUGGAGAAAGUCCGUAAAGUUAAGCUGAACGGACAACCAGUAACACUUCCUGUUAGUCUACAACCAGACGUUGAAAUCUUCCUCAGUGGAACUAAUGUGUUCGUAACAACAGGCUUUGGCCUCCAAGUUUCAUAUGAUGGAAGCCAUAAAGCAACAGUGACUCUUCCAGGCGAAUACGCAAAUAAUGUUUGUGGGCUUUGUGGGAACUUUAAUGGAGAUAAAGCUGAUGACUUCUUAAACCCAGAUGGUAACCUGGAACUGGAUUCUAACAGCCUUGGUAACAGCUGGCAGGUUGAAAAUGACACAGUCUGCCCUCCAGCAGUGGACAAUAAAUCAAAUUGCACUGAGGAUGAAAAUAAUAUAAUAUCCAGCAACAGCUACUGCGGUAUUAUUAUUAAUGAAAAUGGCCCAUUUAAAGCAUGUCAUCAUGUGAUAGACCCAAAAGUUUACUUUGAUAACUGUGUAUAUGACCUGUGUGAAGUGAUGCUGGAUAAUGGAACCCUAUGUGACAGCCUUCAGUCUUAUGCAGACACCUGCCAGUCUCACGGAGUCACAAUACAGCCAUGGAGGAAUGAAACGUUCUGCCCUCUUAAAUGCCCACCAAACAGUCACUAUGAGCCCUGCGGCACAGGCUGCCAAUCAACAUGCGUCAACCCACAUGCACCAAACAACUGCAAUCGCCCAUGUACUGAAGGAUGUUUCUGUGACCCAGGAUAUGUUCUUUAUGAUAGCAUAUGUGUUCCAAUAGACAAGUGUGGAUGUUGGCAAGAUGAUAAAUAUUAUCCAGUGGGCGAUGAAUUUUGGUCUGAUGACACCUGCUCUUUAAAAUGUAGAUGCCCCUCAGCAGGCAGUGGCUUAGUCUGUACUGAAGACUCAUGCUUGGAUAACCAGUAUUGCGGAGUUACAAAUGGAAUUCCAGGGUGUUACAACAAACCUAAUCCAGGUUACUGUGAGGUAUCAGGAGACCCCCAUUAUUACACUUUUGACAAACAGGUCCACCAUUUCAUGGGAGUCUGUACCUACACAAUAUCUAAGCUCUGCGGAAAUGAUUCAAAUCUGACAGACUUCACUGUUGAAGCAGCAAAUGAUCUCAGGAAUGGCCUGACUCAAGUAUCUUAUGUGCAGUUUGUGAACGUGAAUGUAUAUGGAUACAGGAUCACUUUGGAGAAAGUUCGAAAGGUUAAGCUGAACGGACAACCAGUAACACCUCCUGUUAGCCUACAACCAGAUGUUGAAAUUUUCCUCAGUGGAACUAAUGUGUUCGUAACAACAGGCUUUGGCCUCCAAGUUUCAUAUGAUGGAAGCCAUAAAGCAACAGUGACUCUUCCAGGCGAAUACGCAAAUAACGUUUGUGGGCUUUGUGGAAACUUCAAUGGAGAUAAAGCUGAUGACUUCUUGAACCCUGAUGGAUAUCUGGAACCAAAUUCCACCAGCCUUGGUAACAGCUGGCAGGUUGAAAAUGAUACAGUCUGCCCACCAUCAGACAGCAAACAUGAAAACUGCACUGAGGAUGAAAAUAAUAUAAUAUCCAGCAACAGCUACUGUGGUAUUAUUACUAAUGGAAACGGGCCAUUUAAAGCAUGUCAUCAUGUGAUAGACCCAAAAGUUUACUUUGAUAACUGUGUAUAUGACCUGUGUGAAGUAAAACUGGAUAAUGGAACCCUAUGUGACAGCCUUCAGUCUUAUGCAGACGCCUGCCAGUCUCACGGAGUCACAAUACAGCCAUGGAGGAAUGAAACUUUCUGCCCUCUUAAAUGCCCACCAAACAGUCACUAUGAGCCCUGCGGCACAGGCUGCCAAUCAACAUGCGUCAACCCACAUGCACCAAACAACUGCAAUCGCCCAUGUACUGAAGGAUGUUUCUGUGACCCAGGAUAUGUUCUUUAUGAUAGCAUAUGUGUUCCAAUAGACAAGUGUGGAUGUUGGCAAGAUGAUAAAUAUUAUCCAGUGGGCGAUGAAUUUUGGUCUGAUGACACCUGCUCUUUAAAAUGCAGAUGCCCAUCCGCAGGCAGUGGCUUAGUCUGUACUGAAGACUCAUGCUUGGAUAACCAGUAUUGCGGAGUUACAAAUGGAGUUCCAGGGUGUUUUGAUAAGCCUGAUUCAGGUUACUGUGAGGUAUCAGGAGACCCGCAUUAUUACACAUUUGAUAAACAGGUCCACCACUUCAUGGGAGUCUGUACCUACACGCUAUCUAAGCUCUGCGCAAAUGAUUCAAAUUUGCCGGACUUCAAUGUUGAAGCAGCAAAUGAUCUCAGGAAUGGCCUGACUCAAGUAUCUUAUGUGCAAUUUGUGAACGUGGAUGUAUAUGGAUACAGGAUCACUCUGGAGAAGGUCCACAAGGUUAAGGUGAAUGGACAACCAGCAAUACUUCCUGUUAGCCUAAAACCAGAUGUUGAAAUCUUCCUCAGUGGAACUAAUGUGUUCGUAACAACAGGCUUUGGCCUCCAAGUUUCAUAUGAUGGAAGCCAUAAAGCAACAGUGACUCUUCCAAACAAAUACUGGGAUAAAGUUUGUGGCCUUUGUGGGAACUUCAAUGGAGAUAAAGUUGAUGACUUCUUAAACCCAGAUGGUAAUCUGGAACUGGAUUCUAACAGCCUUGGUAACAGCUGGCAAGUUGAAAAUGACACAGUCUGCCCUCCAGCAGUGGACAAUAAAUCAAAUUGCACUGAGGAUGAAAAUAAUAUAAUAUCCAGCAACAGCUACUGUGGUAUUAUUACUAAUGAAAAUGGCCCAUUUAAAGAGUGUCAUCAUGUGAUAGACCCAGAGGUUUACUUUGAUAACUGUGUAUAUGACCUGUGUGAAGUGAAACUAGAUAAUGGAACCCUAUGUGACAGCCUUCAGUCUUAUGCAGACGCCUGCCAGUCUCACGGAGUCACAAUACAGCCAUGGAGGAAUGAAACUUUCUGCUCUCUUAAAUGCCCACCAAACAGUCACUAUGAGCCCUGCGGCACAGGCUGCCAAUCAACAUGCGUCAACCCACAUGCACCAAACAACUGCAGCCGCCCAUGUACUGAAGGAUGUUUCUGUGACCCAGGAUAUGUUCUUUAUGAUACCAAAUGUGUUCCAGAAGACCAGUGUGGAUGUUGGCAAGAUGACAAAUAUUAUCCAGUGGGCGAUGAAUUUUGGUCUGAUGACACCUGCUCUUUAAAAUGUAAAUGCCCAUCAGCAGGCAGUGGCUUAGUCUGUACUGAAGACUCAUGCUUGGAUAACCAGUAUUGCGGAGUUACAAAUGGAAUUCCAGGGUGUUACAAUAAACCUAAUCCAGGUUACUGUGAGGUAUCAGGAGACCCGCAUUAUUACACAUUUGACAAACAGGUCCACCACUUCAUGGGAGUCUGUACCUACACAAUAUCUAAGCUCUGCGCAAAUGAUUCAAAUCUGACAGACUUCACUGUUGAAGCAGCAAAUGAUAUCAGGAAUGGCCUGACUCAAAUAUCUUAUGUGCAAUUUGUGAACGUGGAUGUAUAUGGAUACAGGAUCACUUUGGAGAAAGUUCGAAAAGUUAAGGUAAAUGGACAACCAGUAACACCUCCUGUUAGCCUACAACCAGAUGUUGAAAUUUUCCUCAGUGGAACUAAUGUGUUCGUAACAACAGGCUUUGGCCUCCAAGUUUCAUAUGAUGGAAGCCAUAAAGCAACAGUGACUCUUCCAGGCGAAUACGCAAAUAACGUUUGUGGGCUUUGUGGAAACUUCAAUGGAGAUAAAGCUGAUGACUUCUUGAAUCCUGAUGGUUAUCUGGAACCAAAUUCCACCAGCCUUGGUAACAGCUGGCAGGUUGAAAAUGAUACAGUCUGCCCACCAUCAGAUGGCAAACAUGAAAAUUGCACUGAGGAUGAAAAUAAUAUAAUAUCCAGCAACAGCUACUGUGGUAUUAUUACUAAUGGAAACGGGCCAUUUAAAGAGUGUCAUCAUGUGAUAGACCCAAAAGUUUACUUUGAUAACUGUGUAUAUGACCUGUGUGAAGUGAAACUGGAUAACGGAACCCUAUGUGACAGCCUUCAGUCUUAUGCAGACGCCUGCCAGUCUCACGGAGUCACAAUACAGCCAUGGAGGAAUGAAACUUUCUGCCCUCUUAAAUGCCCACCAAACAGUCACUAUGAGCCCUGCGGCACAGGCUGCCAAUCAACAUGCGUCAACCCACAUGCACCAAACAACUGCAAUCGCCCAUGUACUGAAGGAUGUUUCUGUGACCCAGGAUAUGUUCUUUAUGAUAGCAUAUGUGUUCCAAAAGACCAGUGUGGAUGUUGGCAAGAUGAUAAAUAUUAUCCAGUGGGCGAUGAAUUUUGGUCUGAUGACACCUGCUCUUUAAAAUGUAGAUGCCCAUCAGCAGGCAGUGGCUUAGUCUGUACUGAAGACUCAUGCUUGGAUAACCAGUAUUGCGGAGUUAUAAAUGGAGUUACAGGGUGUUAUGAUAAACCUGGACCAGGUUACUGUGAGGUAUCUGGAGACCCGCAUUAUUACACAUUUGAUAAACAGGUCCACCACUUCAUGGGAGUCUGUACCUACACGCUAUCUAAGCUCUGCGGAAAUGAUUCAAAUUUGCCGGACUUCAAUGUUGAAGCAGCAAAUGAUGUCAGGAAUGGCCUGACUCAUGUAUCUUAUGUGCAAUUUGUAAACGUGGAUGUAUAUAGAUACAGGAUCACUUUGGAGAAAGUCCGUAAAGUUAAGGUGAAUGGAAAACCAGCAACACUUCCUGUUAGCCUACAACCCGAUGUUGAAAUCUUCCUCAGUGGAACUAAUGUGUUCGUAACAACAGGCUUUGGCCUCCAAGUUUCAUAUGAUGGAAGCCAUAAAGCAACAGUGACUCUUCCAGGCGAAUACGCAAAUAAUGUUUGUGGGCUUUGUGGGAACUUUAAUGGAGAUAAAGUCGAUGAUUUCCUAAACCCAGAUGGUAAUCUGGAACCAGAUUCAAACAGCCUUGGUAACAGCUGGCAAGUUGAAAAUGAUACAGUCUGCCCCCCAGCAGUGGAAAUCAAACCAAAUUGCACUGAGGAUGAUAAUAAUAUAAUAUCCAGUAACAGCUACUGUGGAAUUAUUACUAAUAAUAACGGGCCAUUUAAAGAGUGUCAUCAUGUGAUAGACCCAAAAGUUUACUUUGAUAACUGUGUAUAUGACCUGUGUGAAGUGAAACUGGAUCCUGGAACCCUAUGUGACAGCCUUCAGUCUUAUGCAGACGCCUGCCAGUCUCACGGAGUCACAAUACAGCCAUGGAGGAAUGAAACUUUCUGCCCUCUUAAAUGCCCACCAAACAGUCAUUAUGAGCUCUGUGGCACAGGCUGCCAAUCAACAUGCAUCAGCAAAGAAGCACCAUCCAACUGCAGCCGCCCAUGUGCUGAAGGAUGUUUCUGUGACCCAGGAUAUGUUCUUUAUGACACCAAAUGCGUUCCAAAAGACAAAUGUGGAUGUUGGCAAGAUGAUAAAUAUUAUCCAGUAGGUGAUGAAUUUUGGUCUGAUGACACCUGCUCUUCAAAAUGCAGAUGCCCAUCAGAAGGCAGUGGCUUAGUCUGUACUGAAGAUGCAUGCCCAGAUAAUCAGUAUUGUGGAAUAACAAAUGGAGUUCCAGGAUGCUAUUAUUACACCUUUGGAGUCUGUAGGGUUCAUAAUGACCCCCACUAUGACACAUUUGAUAAGCAGAACCAUAACUUCAUGGGACUCUGCACCUAUACUCUUGCAAAAUUAUGUGACAGAAACUCUUCUCUACCAUAUUUCAAUGUGGAAGCCAAAAAUGAACACCGGGGAGAUCCAUCAGUGUCUUUUGUGGAGUGGGUUAUAAUAGAAGUUUAUGAUCAACAUAUACAAAUGAUGAGAAAUGAACAAAAUCGGGUGCUGGUUAACAAGAUUUGGAAAACUCUUCCAGUGAACUUAGUUGAAGGAUCAGUAAAAGUUACCUGGACUGGAAAGCAUGUGAACCUAGAGACUGAUUUUAGACUUUCAGUUUCCUAUGAUAUCGACACUUCAAUUGAUAUAAAGGUCCCCAGCACUUACUCUGCCCUUACUUGUGGAAUUUGUGGAAACUUCAACAACCGCAAAAAAGAUGAUUAUAUGAUGCCAAAUGGACAGCAAGCACAAACUUCUGAAGAGCUUGGGCAUAGCUGGAUUGCAUAUGAUGGGGAUCCUCUAUGUCACCCUGAAGAUCCUCAGCCUCCACCUCCAAAUGAUUGUACUCCAGAGAAGUACGAGCUUUAUAAAAGCGAUGGAUUCUGUGGUCUGCUUACAAGUAAAGAUGGUCCAUUUUAUACCUGUAAUUCUGUAGUCAGUCCAGGAGGAUUCUUUGAGAGCUGUAUCUUUGAUCUUUGUGCUCUGGAUGGGGAUAAAGAUAUUCUAUGCAGUUUAUUGGGAUCUUAUGCUGAUGCUUGCCAGAAGGAAGGAUUGAUUCUAAACUGGAGAAACAUCACUGGUUGUGAGCGUAAGUGUCCAGCUAAUAGCCACUAUAGUCCAUGCAUGAGUGCCUGCCCAACUACAUGUCUUGAUUCAACUCCCACGGAUAACUGCAGUCUGCCAUGUACAGAAGGAUGUGAAUGUGAUGAUCAAUACGUCAUAAGCGGAGGGACAUGUGUUCACGAAUCCAGCUGUGGUUGCUGGUAUAAUGGUACAUACUACAGUGAAGGAGAAACAUUUGUGCAAGAAAACUGUGAGGACAGUUGUACAUGUAAAGGCAAUAACAAUAUGGAAUGUCAUCCAGUAUCGUGUGCCAAAGAUGAAAUUUGUAAAGCUCAGAAUGGAACAUUGGGCUGCUAUACACCAAGUACAGCAAUUUGCCACAUAUAUGGAGACCCUCACUACUCUACCUUUGAUGGAACACUCCAUCACUUCCAGGGAUCUUGUACCUAUACAGUGACUGAGACAUGUGCAAACACAUCAAACAACUUUAUUGUUACGACAAGAAAUGAACACAGAGGAAAUCCAAGCUGGACUGCCAUUAACUCUGUGGCCCUCACAGUGGAUGGACUACACAUUGUUUUGGGAAAGAGCAACAUAGUUCUUAUUAACAAUGUUCUAGUUAUACCUCCAGUUACCGUGUAUGGAAUAAGUAUUGUACUGAAUGGACAGUACGUAAUAGUGACAGCAGAUUUUGGUCUUGAGCUUCAGUUUAAUGGAGACCAUGAGCUCUUUGUCAAGGUCAAGGAAAAUUACAAAGGUACAUUGUGUGGCCUUUGUGGAACAUAUAAUGAAAACCGUAAUGAUGACUUCAUGACACCCAGUGGCACUAUUGUAUCCGACGUCAAUGAAUUUGGAAACAGCUGGAGGGUGCCUGAUGAUCAAUGGACAUGUGACUCGACACCGCCUUCUCAACCAACCUGUGUGCCCCCACUACUGGACGAGGCUAAAAACAGAUGCUGGAUUCUAAAACAGAGUGAUGGUCCAUUUAGAUCAUGCCAUAGCUACAUCCAACCUCAUGGAUACUUUGAGAGUUGUGUCUUUGACCAGUGUGUCACAGGAGGAAGCAAUGAGCAACUCUGCAAUGUCUUGGCAUCAUAUGUAGCAGUCUGUGAAUCUAAAGGGGUUUCUUUGGGAGACUGGAAGAAUAACACCAUUUGUGAUUCCACCUUCACCACACCACCAGCUCCUACUACAACAAGAGAAACUUUAUCCUACGCUUCCUGCAGUGCCUCUGGAGACCCUCAUUACAACACAUUCGAUGGUGCAGUUCAUCAUUACAUGGGAAAUUGCAGCUACACUCUGUCUAAGCCCUGCAAUGCAUCAUCUGCCGGCCUUCCAGAUUUCCAUGUCUACACCACCAAUGAGCACAGAGAUUCCAACACCAAAGUGUCAUAUGUUCAUUCAGUGCAUAUUGAAAUUGACAAGGAUGAAAUGACAAUAUUGAAAAACAAGAAGUUUAAUAUUAAUGGAAAGAGAUACAAUCUACCCAUGGCAGUAAAGAACAGAUAUAGUGCUUACAUCAGCGGAAAUUAUUUAGUUUUUGAAACUGAUUUUGGACUGCAGGUUAGGUUUGAUGGAAAUCACUAUGUUGAUGUUUCUCUACCUUCAACCUACCAGGGCCAUCUCUGUGGGCUGUGCGGCAACUAUAAUGGAAUAUCUGGAGAUGAUUUUGUUAAAAAAGAUGGAAGCAUAGCAACUAAUUCCAAUGAUCUUGGAGACAGCUGGAUAGUAACUUCUGAUGAGACACAAUGUGGCAGCCAAGGCCUAGAUGUGUGCGAUCCACUUUUGAAAGAGGAAUACUCACAAAAUACAUUCUGUGGUAUUAUCAAAGACAACACAGGAAUCUUCAAGGAUUGCCAUGCCUUAGUAAAUCCAGAUAACUUCUUUGAGAAUUGUGUUCUGGACAUGUGCUUCACAGAAAGCAAAUCAACCUCCUUAUGUUACGCGGUGCAGACCUAUGCUCAGCAGUGUGCAAAUGCUGGAGUCUGUAUAGAGUGGAGAUCAACAACUUUCUGUCCCCUAUCUUGUCCUGGUGGAAGCCAUUACGAAACCUGUGGAACUGGAUGCCCUGCCACUUGUCACAACAUGUUGUCAAAAAUUGAUUGCAAAGCUUCCACAGUGGAGGGUUGCUUCUGUGAUGAAGGCUACGUCCUUAGUGGCGACAGAUGUGUGAAAGAAAGCGAUUGUGGUUGCACAGAUCAACAAAACAACUCUUAUCAGCUUGGGGAAAGCUGGUUCACUAAUGGUGACUGUACUGAACGCUGCACAUGUGGCCAGAAUAAUCUCAUCACUUGUACACCAUGGAACUGUGGUUUGUUACAAAAAUGCGAGUCCAAAGAUGGAGUUCUAGGAUGCCAGUCAUCUGGAAGAGCUUCUUGCCAUGUGUCCGGAGAUCCACAUUUCUUCACCUUUGAUAAAGUAAUGCAUAGUUUCAUGGGUACCUGUACAUACACUUUGGUUCAAGUCUGUGAUUCCCAAAAUGUAAUCCCUGUGACCAUCAGUGGGAAGACUGAAGACCGAGGACAACGUGCUGCAACUUACCUUAAGGAAGUUUAUAUUGAUGUCUAUGGAAUACGCAUUACUUUGCAAAAAGCCAAAAAAAUGAUGGUUGGAAAUGAACAGAUCCAAACACCAUGGUCUGAGCAUCUGAGAGGCAUUUCCAUUGGGACAGUUGGGCUAUAUUCUGUUGUGGAAACUGACUUUGGACUGAUAGCAAAGUUUGAUGGAGAUCAUUACCUUGAAAUCAUCCUUCCUGAAUCUUACUUUGGAAAGGUGUGCGGUAUUUGCGGUAAUUUUAACAACAGAAUGAAUGACGAAUACCUUCUUCCAAAUGGUCUUCAAGCAGCAAAUGUAACACACUUCGGUAACAGCUGGAAAUCAGAGAAAGACAGUGACAAAAACUGUGUAGAUGAUACAAGACAAGACCUUGGGCCUCCAUGCAAGGCUGCACAAUUACCAGCAACAGAAAAUCAGUGCAAUGUACUUCUCUCAGACACCUUCAAACCUUGCCAUCAUUUGAUUGACCCACAGCCAUUUGUUAAGAGCUGUGUCUUUGACAUGUGUAGAUACAAUGGCAUGCAGUCCACACUAUGUGCAAUAGUACAAGGCUAUGUAGGUGCAUGCAUGACACAUGGAGUGAAGCUUAAAUGGAGAAGCAACAAAUUGUGUCCCUUAUCCUGUCCUUCCCACAGCCAUUACACAGACUGUGCAUCACUAUGCCCUGCUACAUGCAAUGACAUCUAUGCAUCUGCUGUUUGUGACAAGCCGGAAGCGUGCACAGAAGGCUGUGUCUGUAAUGACGGAUAUGUGCUAAGUGGAGAUAAAUGUGUCCCUCUCCAUAAAUGUGGGUGCAGAGAUUCCAAGGAUAACUACUAUAACAUUGACGAGACCUGGAUUACACCAAACUGUAAAGAACUUUGUCAUUGCAAUGGAGCCAGCAAAAUAAUCUGCAAACCCCAUGGUUGUGCACAUGGAAGAUGUAGUCUCAAUAAUGGCAAAUAUGCCUGCAAACCCACAGGUUAUGCCAAGUGUCACAUUACAGGCGAUCCACACCAUAAUACUUUCGAUCGCCUAUCACAUCACUUCCAAGGGAAAGAUAGUUAUAUCCUGACUCAGACAUCUUCUGCCUUGCCUGAUUUAUUGGAACCAUUUACAAUUAAAGGCAAAAAUGAGCCAAUGAACAAAUACAGUACAUUUACACUAAUAAGGGAGAUGCGCAUUGAGGUUUAUAAUCACACCAUAAUAUUUUCACAAAAGAAGAAGCUUGUGUUGGAUGGUGUAAAGACAGUGCCCCCAAUCAAUCUAAAGGAAGGAAUAUACAUAUAUCAGAGACCAUUAAGAAUCUACCUUGAGACUGAUUUUGGGCUUUCUGUUAGCUACGAUGGCAACCAGAAUGCAGAGAUAACUGUACCCAAUACACAUAGAAAUAUUCUAGAAGGUCUUUGUGGAAAUUACGAUGGGCGAAGUUCUAAUGAUUUUAGAAGGCCAGAUGGAUCGCAAGUGAGAGAUGUGGUGUCUUUUGGUGAAAGCUGGAAAGUUAAGUCAUGGAAAUCAGAUUCCAGAAUUAGGAGAGACAUCGGAUUAAGAAAUGAAGAGGAUAUUGUGGACUUAGACACAGGGGACAUUUUAGCUUGCUCAGCCUCAGAACUUGCUUAUUUGAACAGCACAUCAUUCUGUGGAAUACUUAGAGAUAUUAAUGGACCAUUCCAAACCUGUCAUGAAUAUGUUGAUCCAGAAGUCUACAUCACGAACUGCCUUUUUGAUACAUGUGCUGAAUUUGGAAAUAUUGAAUUGUUCUGCUCUAACCUUGAGCAAUAUUCACUUGCCUGCCAGGAUAAUGGCACUACACUCAAUGACUGGAGAGAAAGAGCUGGCUGCGAGUUUCCAUGUGGACCUAACAGUGAGUACAGGCAGUGCAUGAACGCAUGCCCGGCUUCCUGUAGCAACAUGGCAUCAGAGGCAGAAUGUGAGGCACCUUGCUAUGAAGGCUGCCAGUGUAUUGACGGCUAUGUUCUUAGUGGCUUUGAAUGUGUUCCCUACAAGGAAUGUGGAUGCACUUAUCUUGACAAGUAUUUCGAGUAUGGAGAAGUCUUCAUCACUGAUGAUUGUACCCAGAACUGCACGUGCACAGACACUUCAUCUGUAGUUUGCUUCGAAAUCCAAUGUAAACCUAAUGAGAUCUGCACAACAGCAUAUGAGAUCCGUGGAUGCUAUAUACCUGGGCCCUGCCUUGAAAACCCUUGUGAAAAUGGUGGCACAUGUGUUGAAGGAUCUCUUGGAAUGAAUACUACUGGUGAUUUGUACUGCAUGUGCCCUGAAACUUAUUCUGGAUUCUUCUGUGAAAUUGAAGAGAAAACAUAUGACAACAGAGUUAUUUACAUUGUAAUCGGAGUUGUGGUUGGAGUCUUGGUUAUCGGCUUUAUUUUUGUUUUUGCUGCCUUUUGUUUCAUCAAAAACCGGGAUGGUAAAAAACGCCUUGUCGAAUCAAAUAGCUCUGAAGAUGGGAGUGUGAGCUUGUCGAGAAUAUCAGUGAAUCGUGGAGGUGAAUCUAUAUAUAAUGAGCCAGAUUUAAUUAACCUAGCAUUUGAGGAAGACAGUACUGUGCCCCAGUCUGGGGCCGUGAAUGUGGCUAACGACACAAACGUCAGAACAUCUGCUAAAGGAACAAGUAACCAGGGCUCAGCGGACAAUGUAAAUGCAAUGAAGUCAGAAAAAACCACAGGCACACAUGGACAAACACAAUUUUAAUCUAGCAGAACUUGAUGUAACUUCAGAAUGAAUCAUAAAAAAAUAAAACAAAGAAUGAUAUUAUAAUUUUGUAUGUCUAGGCAAAAACCAAUGCACUUGAAUGUAAUUGUCUUUCUACUGAUUUUACUGCAGCAUUUUUGCAGCAGAGACUCGUUUGCCUAAAUGCCUUGAUUCUAUCACUGUUAUUAUAUUUUUUUAAAAUUGUAAUAUGAAGUGUUAUUUAAAAUAAAAAUAUAUAUUCAUAUCUGCAGAA